AUCAGUGACCACGUUUCUUCUUUAACCGUCCAACUCGUAACUUAUUAAGGAAAAAGAAAAAUUAAAAAAAAAGAAAAAGAAAUACAAGUGAGACAAGAUGAUUUUGGUGCCGCUGGCCGUGGUACUUUUCGCGGCGUUUGUCAGCGCCGAACCAGCGAUAAACGAAAUCCGGCCUCAGAGCAACAGACCAGGAAGAUUUCUCUCUCUUCCUAUACCACAGAAGUGUGCAAACCGGCCGAAAGAAUUCAAUUACAGGGGCCACAACUACUUUUACAGCGGACAUAUUCCGGCUCACGCCAACCAGAGAGUGGAUUGGCUAGAUGCUAGAAAUAUUUGUAGAGAAUACUGCAUGGAUCUCGUGUCGAUAGAGACUCAAGAUAAAAACAACUUAAUCUUCAGACUCAUACAACAAAACGACGUUCCCUACAUCUGGACUUCCGGACGUCUCUGCGAUUUCAAGGGUUGCGAGAAUCGUCGUGACCUCGAACCAAAGUCUCUCUACGGAUGGUUCUGGUCAGCCAAUAGAAAGAAGAUGGCGCCGACCAAUCAGGUCCCCGAAGGGUGGAACUUUAAUCCGUGGUCGCAAACCGGACACAAGAAAGUUAGGCAACCCGACAACGCUGAAUUCGAUAUAAACGGCACGAACGAAUCUUGCUUGUCUGUUCUUAACAACGUUUACAAAGACGGGAUUAGUUGGCAUGAUGUAGCAUGCUAUCAUCAAAAACCUUUUGUAUGCGAAGAUUCCGAUGAACUUUUGAAUUACGUCGCCAGCACCAACGCAGGCCUGCGCCUCUAAAGGCAUCCUAAAUAAACAAUCCGCUCAUUAACACUUGUCCUCUUACUCGUCCCUGUUGCGGCUUAGGCGAGACACCAACCAAAAGAAAUAAAAAUAAAAUGAUUGUCAAAAAUUGUCUAUAUAAAAGCUACAAUAUUUAAGUAUAGUAAUGCAUGGUUAAAUUACAAUUAAAUUAAAUGUCUUCGACUCUCUAUCAAUUCUCUUUAAAGUACGCGAACUCGGUCGUCGCCAUUCGAUCUAGUACUUACAACUCUAUCACAUAUUCGUAGAAUAAAAUCGUUACCCGAUAUGUGAGAUUUACAAUGCUACCCCCCAAAUUUAUUGGAAUUUAAGCAUGCAUUACUGUACAAAUUUGUUUUCUACCAAUUUUCGUUUCCAUACUUACUAUAUUCAUUGAAUUCUACUUACUACUUGCGGUGAAAUUAAUUCACACUAAUUCGAAACGAGCCAUAAAAAGUAAAAAUGUUCAUCAGAAAUUGCAUACGUAAAAACUACAAUAUUUACGUACAAAUUUGCUUUCUACGUUCAUAAAUAUUACGUUAAUAAAGUAAAAAGCAAUGAAAUAUAUCUUAAUUGUCCGAAGAAUUUAAUAUUUCAUCAACUCUAAACAAGAAAGCAAUUGUUUAUAUCGAACGCAUGACUAUGAACAUAACGAAAAGAAAAUUAUCUUUAUCAAAGGGAACUUACGAUAUUUAUUUAUAUUUAAACAUUUCACGCGACAACGGUUUUUUAACUAAAAACUAAGAUUGCAAUUUUUCAGAAGGCACUUAAUUAUUUCUUAGAACGUAAUACAAACAUUGUUAUAAUGUAAUAUAAGAAUUAAAAUCAUUGGUUCAUGAUCAAUACUGAUAGUAUAAGUCUUGUCGUUCCACCUC